UGUUGAGAUGGAACUUCCUGCGUUCCAGUUUGUGCCCAUUGCUCUUUGUCCUGUCCCUGGGCACCACUGAAAAGAGCCUGGGCCCAUGUUGGUGCACAUCAUGGCCGCUCAUGUCCUAACAUGGUCAGCAUGUAGCAUGGUUAUGAUGCAUAUGGAGACAACUCUGCAACAUAUGCAAUCCCGUUAUUGAGUGUUGGAGCUUCAGACCAGGACAGGAGCUGAACCUAAUGUGACCCAAGGCGAAGGGGGUCUCGGGGGUGGGUGGAGAGGGGCUGGUUGGGCUGCAUCAGACCAUGGACCAGCCCCAGUGUGGCAGGGCGUGCAACGCAGCUGCUGCCUGGAGCCUUCGGUUGGUGUCCCCAGCUCCCCCCGUGGCAGAGCAGGCAGCCAGCCCGUGGCCAGGGCAGCAGGGAGCGUGGUGGGGCAGGGUUUGUGGCUGGAGGGGGGAGGACCGACAAGAGUUUGGCAGCUGCCGUCAUCUGGAAACAAGCGGCGAUGCAUUCCUGGGCACGUUCUCCUUCCCACCCCGGUGCCGUCAUCACCCCCUCUUGGAUAGCUUUGGGGUGAGCAGCUGCUGCUCCCCCCUCUCCCACAGCCGGCCAGGCGAGGCUGGUGGGAUCUGACCAGGGUGUUUGUCUCCCUAGAUGGGAAGAGGAGUACACGGUGCGUGUCCAGCUCCAGGACCGAGUGACUGAGCUGCAGGAGGAAGCCCAGGAGGCUGAAGCCUGCCAGGAGGAGCUGGCCAUGAAGGUGGAGCAGCUCAAGGCAGAGCUUGUCGUCUUCAAGGGGCUGAUGAGCAAUAACAUCACAGAGCUGGACACCAAGAUCCAGGAGAAGGCCAUGAAGGUGGACAUGGACAUCUGCCGCCGCAUCGACAUCACUGCCAAGCUGUGCGACGUGGCGCAGCAGCGGAACUGCGAGGACAUGAUCAAGAUGUUUCAGUCUCUGCACUUGUCUCCCGUUAAGGUCCCAGCCUCGGUGGGGCGGAAGCGGGAGAGGAAGCAGGUCAGCGACGAAGAUACCUCGCUGUCGGAGAGCGAUGCCUCCCGAAAACCUGAAGAGGAAGAGGAGGACGAGACCACGGCCAUGAGUAUCAAUGAGGAAAUGCAGAGGAUGCUGAACCAGCUGAGGGAGUAUGACUUUGAGGAUGACUGUGACAGCCUCACGUGGGAGGAGACAGAAGAAACGCUGCUCCUCUGGGAGGACUUCUCCGGAUACGCCAUUGCAGCCGCGGAGGUGCAGGGGGAGCAGGACGACAGCCUGGAGAAGGUGAUCAAGGACACAGAGUCGCUGUUCAAGAGCCGUGAGAAGGAGUACCAGGAAACCAUCGACCAAAUAGAGCUGGAGCUGGCCACGGCCAAGAACGACAUGAACCGGCACCUGCACGAAUACAUGGAAAUGUGCAGCAUGAAGCGGGGCUUGGAUGUGCAGAUGGAGACUUGCCGGCGGCUCAUCACGCAGUCUGGGGACAGAAAGUCUCCUGCCUUCACCCCGGCCUCCAACAGCGAGUCGGCCCCGAACGAGGAGAGCGAAGAGUCCGACCGCGACCCUCCCAGUGAUGCUUCCAUCAGAUAAUGAGGGGAGGCCCCGCUCUCUCGGACCCCCGUCCUGGCACGGAGGGGGUGGCUGAGCCGCUCCUGGGAGAGACUGUCAGGGACGUGGAGCCACCGGUAAAACGUCUGUCGCCCAGGCUCACCUCCCCUUUUGGGGUGCUUGGCAGAUCCCGCACCCCACUGCCACCGGAUAUCCUGCAAAUGGGAAUAGCUAGAUGAUAGGCCCGAGGGCCCUUCCUUGCCAGCCUCCAGCCCCUUCUCUAUUCCCUUCCCCUGCUUUGGUUAAACCGUGGUUGGGGCAGAGAGGCUCCAAACCUGCCAUGGGUGGCGUUCUCCAGGGGAGAACCCUGGGGAACCCCCCUCAGAUCCACCUCCUCUAGCUGCCUCCGUCCUGGUACGCUUGACCUGCCCUCCCUGCACCGCGCAGAGCCCAACAAGAGCCGUACCUCCUUGCAAACUGGACCUGACACUGGUGCCAACUGGACCGAGCCCUGGGGGCUCCCUCUCUGUCCUUGCUGCUGGCCGGGUGCCCGGCUAGUCCCCGUGCCACGCCGGGUACCCCGAACCGCCCCCAGCCUUGGCCUCCUCCGGGGCGGGGGGCCGAGUCCCGCUCACCGUGCACUUUGCUUUGCCGCUCGUCGGCAGCGCGCUCACGUCUGUGUUACGGGGGCGAGGGGUCAUUAAACGGGACAGAUUCCUUUUCUACA